UCGAAACUACUGGGGACAGGGAGGGCCCACUGAGAACCAUCCCACUAACCCGACCACCACUGGCUUUCGCAGGAUACCAUGAACCACACGGUCCAAACCUUUUUCUCUCCUGCCAACAGCGGCCAGCCCCCCAACUAUGAGAUGCUCAAGGAGGAGCAUGAGGUGGCUGUGCUGGGGGCGCCCCACAACCCUGCUCCCCCGACAUCCACCGUGAUCCACAUCCACAGCGAGACCUCCGUGCCCGACCAUGUCGUCUGGUCCCUAUUCAACACCCUCUUCAUGAACCCCUGCUGCCUGGGCUUCAUAGCGUUUGCCUACUCCGUGAAGUCUAGGGACAGGAAGACGGUUGGCGACCUGACUGGGGCCCAGGCCUAUGCCUCCACCGCCAAGUGCCUGAAUAUCUAGGCCCUGAUUUUGGGCAUCCUCAUGACCAUUCUGCUCAUCGUCAUCCCAGUAUUGAUCUUCCAAGCCUAUUGAUAGAUCAGGAGACAUCAUGCAGGCCAGGAGCUCUGCCCAUAACCUGUAUCCCACAUGCUCCACCUUCCAUUCCUCGCCCUGCCCCCAGAGCGGAGUCCUGUAUCAGCCCUUUAUCCUCACACACUUUUCUACAAUGGCAUUCAAUAAAGUGCACGUGUUUCUGGUUAAAAA